CUCCCUUUCUUGGAAAGCACGCGCCGCCGCAGUAGCGCGGGCUGAGCGGCUGGGAAGGAAGCAGCUGUCUCGGGCGCGAGCUUCUGUGGCGUCCGGGCCCAGCGGGCAGCAGGUUGGUGCUUAGACCCGGCGGCGGCGCGGCGGCAGCGGCGGCGGCUCCUCCCUCCACGUGGGUUCUCUGGCGACAUGGAGCUGGAGGAGUCGGGGAUCCGAGAGGAAUGCGGCGUGUUCGGGUGCAUCAGCUCCGGAGAGUGGCCCACGCAGUUAGAUGUGCCGCAUGUGAUCGCUCUGGGACUCGUGGGGCUGCAGCACCGGGGUCAGGAGAGUGCUGGUAUUGUCAUCAGUGAUGGGAAUUCAGUACCGACAUACAGAACACACAAGGGAAUGGGUCUUAUAAAUCAUGUCUUUACUGAAGAUAAUUUGAAGAAAUUAUAUCCUUCAAAUCUUGGAAUUGGACAUACGAGGUAUGCCACCACAGGAAACUCUGAAUUAGAAAACUGUCAGCCCUUUGUUGUUGAAACACUUCAUGGGAAAAUAGCUGUGGCACAUAAUGGCGAAUUGGUCAAUGCUGCUCGAUUAAGGAAAAAGCUUCUGCGCCAUGGUAUUGGUCUGUCAACAAGUUCUGAUAGUGAAAUGAUUACCCAGUUACUGGCAUAUACCCCUCCUCAGGAACAAGAUGAUACUCCAGACUGGGUAGCAAGGAUUAAAAACUUAAUGAAGGAAGCACCCACAGCAUACUCCCUACUUAUAAUGCACAGAGAUGUCAUUUAUGCAGUACGAGAUCCUUAUGGAAAUCGCCCUCUCUGCAUUGGUCGACUUAUUCCUGUAUCUGAUAUGAAAAAUAAAGAGAAAAAAUCUUUAGAAUCGGAAGGAUGGGUGGUGUCUUCAGAAUCUUGUAGUUUUUUAUCUAUUGGUGCAAGAUAUUGCCGUGAAAUCUUGCCUGGAGAAAUAGUGGAAAUAUCCAGAGACAAUGUCCAAACUCUUGAUAUUAUACCAAGGUCUGAAGGAAACCCAAUGGCUUUUUGUAUCUUCGAAUAUGUUUAUUUUGCAAGACCAGAUAGCAUAUUUGAGGACCAAAUGGUCUACACAGUAAGAUACCGUUGUGGCCAGCAGCUGGCAAUUGAAGCACCUGUGGAUGCAGAUUUGGUUAGCACUGUCCCGGAAUCUGCUACGCCCGCUGCUCUUGGUUAUGCUGGAAAGUGUGGGCUUCCAUAUGUGGAGGUACUAUGUAAAAAUCGGUAUGUAGGAAGAACCUUCAUUCAGCCAAACAUGAGGCUAAGACAACUUGGUGUUGCAAAAAAAUUUGGAGUAUUGUCGGACAACUUUAAGGGCAAAAGAAUUGUUCUUAUAGAUGAUUCAAUUGUGAGAGGCAAUACCAUCUCACCCAUAAUCAAAUUGCUGAAAGAAUCUGGUGCAAAAGAGGUACACGUUCGAGUAGCUUCACCACCAAUUAAAUAUCCAUGCUUCAUGGGAAUAAACAUACCAACCAAAGAAGAGCUUAUUGCUAAUAAACCAGAAUUUGAACACCUUGCCGAAUAUCUAGGAGCAAACAGUGUUGUAUAUCUGUCAGUAGAAGGACUGGUUUCAUCAGUACAAGAAGGAAUAACAUUUAAAAAACAGAAAGUGAAAAAGCAAGAUAUUAUGAUUCAAGAAAAUGGGAACGGUCUGGAAUGCUUUGAAAAAAAUGGUCAUUGUACAGCUUGUCUCACUGGAAAAUACCCUGUGGAACUGGAUUGGUAGCUGGUAGGGGUGGAUACAAUGUUUCAAGACAUGAAAUUGGUUAAAAUGUUACAGUGGUUACACUUUAUCCAUUUAGCUUUCCUCAGCUGGUACAAUGUAAAUGCCACAUGGUUACGUGUAAGUUUUUGAGAUGUUUUAUUUUUUUCUGAAAAGGGUACCAAAGUGCUAUGCUCUCUUUAAUAAGCCUAGAUAAAUAUUGUGGUGUUAUCUAGGAACUUGGAUAAUCCUUUCAGUUUUACUUAGUUGUUGAGUACUUUGAGGCUAUCAGUUAUGAGCUCGUCAACAGUAAUGUAAAGGAUGGGUAGAUUUUCUGUUUUAGAGGGCAUUUCCAGGUACUAUAUCUUACCACAGAUUGUUAAUAGAGUUUUGUGGAAUGUUUCUUGAGAGUUACUAAAGUUCAUUGUGGAAUAUUUUCAUAAUUGAAUCUUGCUAGUUGCAUAUAAUGCAACAAUAUUGGUAUUCUUUCUUUUUUUUUUUUUUUUUUAAUUGAUUUUUUACAGUGAGGAAGGGGGAGAGAUAGAGAGUUAGAAACAUCGAUGAGAGAGAAACAUCGAUCAGCUGCCUCCUGCACAUCUCCUACUGGGGAUAUGCCCACAACCCAGGUACAUGCCCUUGACCGGAAUUGAACCUGGGACCCUUCAGUCCGCAGGCCGACGCUCUAUCCACUGAGCCAAACCGGUUUCGGUGGUAUUCUUUUUUUAACACAAGCAUCAGCUAGCCAUUUUCACCUGGUCAGAGAAGGCAGCUGGUAAGAGGCAUUUGCCAGAUCCAUGCUUCAAAGAGUUUGCAAGCAGUUAGACUAAGAUGGUGUGAUACAAACAGGACAAGUAAGUUAAAUAUAACGUUUCAUGCAAAUUUCUCAUCUAUUAUAGCCCAACGGUGUCAAGCUCUAGAGUUCUGAUUAUAGUUAUGACCUUGGCUUCCUUGUCUGACUUUAGACAAAAAUAUUUUUAAUGCUUUUUUGUGCCUCACUUUUCCCAACCUGUGCAAUGGGGUACUGGCAUUACUAAAUUAAAUAAUUAAUAGGAAUGUGAAUGUGUCAUAUUCUUGGUGGGCUGAGCCAUCAUUUCACACCUAUAUUUAAGAUAUUGCAUGAUUAUUAUUUUUUGAAAUGUUGGCUAUUAGACUGCAAUUGAGAUUUCAUUAUGAUGAAGGGAGAUAGACAGUUUAGUCAUACUUUGCCACCUGCCUUUGAAAUGCCCUAAAAAUGAUUGUAAAAAUAUGUGGAAAAAGUUUGACUAGAAAGUGUGAUCCGUACUACUUAGUGUCCUGAUAGUAUAAAGCCCAGCAAGGAACCUAGUGUGUUUGAAGUAAAAAAUAAAAUUUUAGGUUCUAAUAAACUUUUAAUUCUUACUUGAUCACUUGCAAGCAUAUAUACACAUUCAUGUCAUUGCAAUUAAAUGAUCAAGUAGAAGAACUGUGGGGACCAAUUUUAUUAGAGGAACAAGAAGACAACUACUUUUUUGGAAUUAGCAUGCUCAUCUAAUUCCAAACAUCAACUCACCACUAUUUGUACUUAGUUUUAUUGGGACUAACGAAUUUGAAUUUUUUGAAGUUUUUUUUCUUGUAACAUCUGAGAUUUAAAAUUUUAAGACAACUUGCCUCCAAUUCCUAUUUUUGUAAGAUUUUUUAAAACAGAAACAUGUUCUGUGUUAUUUUUACCAUAAUUUGAUGUAUAUAGUUUCCAAAUCCAUUUGGAAAUUUAAUAUUUAUUAGUAACAAAUCUUUUUGUCUUCAUUUGGUAUGUAGUCUCACAUGUUGUAUUAUGGUAGGCCAAAAAAAUAUCCUCACAGCUCUUUUAAGACCAAGAGCAUCCAGGCAGCAAUGGGUCAGAUAACUCUAUAGCAGUGACACAAGCAAGCUGCAUUUAAAUAAAACCCUGGGACCAUUUAAGUGUAUAGCCUCUUGUCUUAAAUGUAUUUCUCAUAGCAGUAUGAGGAGGCAAGACUUAUGGGUCAGUUUUGAACAGCCUUACUUACAUUUGGUUUUUAAAAAUGAGUCUCAGGGAAAGUGCUAAACCAAAAUCUCUUAUUUGACUUUUGUGUUUUCCAUAGUUUUUAUUUUGUUUUAUUGAAAUGCUUUUAUAAUGAAAUAAUGUACUAUAUGAUAGUUUGGUAAUUCUUCAAAUUUCUUAAUGUUUCUCCAUCAUGGCCUUUUAUUUCACAAAUGUCCGAAGUCUGAAUUACAUUUUUUUUACCAGCUUAAUCUGAAAUGUUUAACUGCUUUAAAUUUAUACGAGUAUUGUAAACUUUAGAGAAGAUGAAAAUGUGUUUUCACAGGAUCUAUAUUGUUGUGAACUGAACUAAACCUACUUUUUUGUGACUUCAUUUUGAUGUGCUGGUGCAAAAUAUAUAUAAUUAAAUACGUUUAAGUGUG